AUGUUGUGGCAUAGCAUAGCAUCCCUGGCUCUUCCAGUUCUUGUGCGGUCACACUCGCAUCAUGCUCACGACCAAGAGCAAUUCUCACAGGAACGACUAGAUGAGCUGGAAAGAAAGUGGGGAACUGAUUGGGGCUUUUCUGGUAUCUCGACUUUCGCCCAUCUUCCACACACGCGUUGUUUAACACAUCCACAAACCACGUACGACAUCGCUAUCCUCGGUGCGCCGUUCGAUACAGCAGUAUCCUACCGACCAGGUGCACGAUUUGGCCCUCGGGCCAUCCGUGCUGGGUCGUCACGUCAGACCUCCUUCCGUGGCUUCAAUCCACGAGCGAACCUCAACCCGUACACGUCGUGGGCUUCAAUUGUUGACUGCGGCGACAUACCUGUCACACCUUUUGAUAAUGCACUUGCUCUACGGCAGAUGAGCGAGGCGUUCCUCGAGCUUGGCAAGCGCGCACCAACAGAGAAAAGUGCGGACAGUGGAGUCGGGUACUUUAAGCGGCCGAAGCUCCUCACGCUGGGCGGCGAUCACAGCAUUGCUUUACCGGCACUAAGGGCGUUGAAGGAGGUAUAUGGGCAGCCAAUUGCUGUAGUUCAUUUCGAUGCGCAUCUUGACACCUGGCACCCUGCGAAAUACCCUUCGGCAUGGAUCGAUAAGGAGGAUCCUUCAACUCAAUCGUUCUUCAACCACGGCAGCAUGUUCUGGUUUGCGUCCACUGAAGGAUUGAUCGCGAAUGGCUCGAGCGUACACGCUGGUCUAAGAACGAGAUUAUCCGGCGACGACGCCGCGGACUACGAGGACGAUUCGCAGCAGGGUUGGAUUCGCAUUGCGACAGACGAUAUCGAUGACAUUGGUGCAAGCGGUAUCAUCACGUCAAUCAUGAACCGUGUAGGGACGACGAUGCCCGUGUAUUUGAGCAUCGAUAUCGACGUAAUUGACCCCGGUCUUGCUCCUGGAACUGGUACCCCGGAGCCAGGUGGUUGGACAACGCGAGAGCUUAUCAGGAUUUUGAGGGGAAUUGAAGGCAUGAACGUUGUUGGUGCCGACAUUGUCGAAGUCAGUCCCGCAUAUGAUGGGGCCGCUGAGACCACUGGCCUGGCCGCUGCACAGGUCGCCUACGAAAUUAUUACGAGCAUUGUGCGAAAAGGCUUGAUUGAGCAGGCAAGGUCCAGCAAGAAGGAUGAGAGUGUCAAGGACGAGUUGUAA